GUUUUGUUUUUUUUAAAUCAAGACUUCAAACGUACAAACACGUCAAACAAAGCCAGUAUACUCUAAAACAGCAGAGUGGGCUAAGAACAGUAGUAGUAGAAGAAGAAGAAGAAGAAGAAGAAGAAGAAGAAGAAGAAGAAAAAGAAAACGAAGAAGCAGCAGAAGAAGAAAAAGAAGAAGAAGAAGUUUCGUUACUUCCGCACAUGAAGAGAUGGCUAACUAAACUCACACCAUGGAGGAGGAUAGUUCCCAAAUACUUAACCAUGCUCACGACCAGUUCACAAAACACAAUUUCAGAAGCGCCGAAGAACUUUAUACACACUUUAUCACUUCCUGUUUACGUACAAGAGGAUGUGACGCCAAAAGCCUGGCUACUGCUCUCAACAACCGCGGGCAAAUAAAGUACCUUAGGGUGGAUUUUCGUGAAGCAAUAGAGGACUACACUUCAGCAAUAGAUGCCGAUUCCCAGUUUGAGAUCCCAUUCUACAACAGAGGGCUCAUUCACUAUAGAUUAGGUUUUUUUGAAGACGCGAUUAGUGACUUCAAGCAGGCACUAAAGCUCAACCCAGAUUUCGAAGAUGCCAGAAUAAGCCUCCAACAGACUCACCUCGACCAACAGCACAGGAUCAGUAGAGGAUACUGACAGCUUCACAGACUGUUGUGCAUUUCAUCUUCUCGUGUAGUUGCUGAGAAAGAAACUCCUAGAGAAAUUUGGCACAUAGUGGAUGAAAGGCCACUAAGUGCCAAAUUGAAGACCGCAUAAAGUGGUCUAUGUGUUAACUUGGAUUAUUGUAGUAAAGUAUUUGCGAUAUUCACAACUCCAGGUGGCCAUAAUUGAUACCCAGUUGGACAUGGUUGACAUUAUUAUCAUCAAGGUGAAGAACCAUUUUUGCAGAAGGCAACUAACUCUGAGAUCUAGAAUUAUGACAGCUAUAAAAGUAUGCAUACAACAUACAGCAGUGUGCACAAGCAACAACACAAUUCAAAAUCAAACUAUUUCUGUGAAUAUAACGUCAUGAAUUGACUACCGGAAUGCACAAAGGGCAGCAUCCCACAGGAUCAGUGGUCAAACUUGAAUGUUUGUUUGUUCCCUAAGUUGAGAUCUUUAUCAUAUUUACCUCAGGAUCCGGUUUUCUCCAGAAUUAAAUGGCCUCAUUAAUGGAGCUAAAUUAAUGAAUAACAUUCUAGGUGCACAGUGCAUGUCUAUUUUAACAUAGGAGGUGCAGUGAUAAGUAAGGGCUUUUCAGUUGAUAAUAAAUGUCAGCGCUACAUGAAAAUGUCCAAAUCAUGAAGACGUUGGGAGGAAGUAUAAGACAUUUAAAUAUAAUAUUAAAAAUAAUAUAGAAAAUAAACAACAUGAAAUGCUGGUUUGCAGUGUCCAGUCUCAACUGCAAAAAAAGAAAAAAAGUUAUAUUGCCAAGUGCUUGGUACUUUUAUGUUGCAUAGAGAAGUUAUUCAUCAAGUAGUACUUUGCAAGAUUAAAUUGUCUACAGUGAAUGGCAAUACAAGCUUGCAGAUAGCAGUCUGCUUGAAAAAAAUUAUCACAAUCUGCUCUGUUGCUCAUUUCUCAAAGUUUUUUUUCAUUUGUGUGUAUGUGGAAUUGCAACAUAAAUGUAAAAUAAAAUAUUUUUAUUAUG